CAGCUUGACAGGGCCCCUUGUUCCAGGAGCCCAGCGGACCAGAAUGGUCCUGGGGGGUGGUGGAAGCAACGCCAGGCACCGCAGGUUCAGUUCCCUGGGCAGGCUCUCCAGACACAGUCCUCCUGACCCUUGCCUUGGGCAUCGUUGAAGAGGGCAAGGGGGACCAGGAGAAUCCCACCGGCGUUCUUUCCUUGCCAAUGUGGUGAAACCCAGGAAGCCAAAGGAGGAAGAGCAGUUACCACAACAGAGAGAGAGAGAAAGAGAAACUGAUGCCGCAAGAGGUGGGGGGAUGUGGCAGCCUUGGGCGGGCCGGAAUCUUGUCCACGUCCCCCACGCCUUCGUUGACGGCCAUGAAGGGCUAUGCAGAAAUUAUCCUUUACCCGGAAACCCAGGAACAAAGCAAGGAAAACGCCAGCCCAUUGACGCCACCAUCUUCACCCCAGUUCCUGCUGACCGAAUUCUCCAAUCCUGUCUUUGAGGAGGAUGGGGAGGCACCGGCCCAGAAGGAUCCGGAAGCCGAGAAUCCAAAUAGCAUGAAAGUCACCGCCAACGGUUUCGCUCAACAGGUGCGGGAUGUGGCAAGCCGGAAGUUCAAACCAGACUGCAAAUUCUCCUGGUUCUGCGUGGCCAUCCUCAGCACCAUCCUGCUGCUUCUUCUAGCAUUACUGGUGGGCAUCAUCAUUGUCUGUCGUAACCGGAAGUUCAAACCAGACUGCAAAUUCUCCUGGUUCUGCGUGGCCAUCCUCAGCACCAUCCUGCUGCUGCUUCUAGCAUUACUGGUGGGCAUCAUCAUUGUCUCUCAGCAGAAAUCUGUCCGUCCCAUGAAGCCAUCCCCUGAGGCGUCCUAUGCCCACACCACCCCCAACGCCACUCCGUCUCCUUUUCCCGGCACUUCGCCAAGCCCGGCGUCCACAACCACACCGACCCACGAAAACCUGCACGGAAGCACAACGCCAGGACCUCUCUGUGGGGGGAUCCUUCACGGCCCCGAAGGCUCCUUCAGCUCCCCAAACUACCCCGAGCCCUACCCUCCCGACGUCCUCUGCAAAUGGCAGAUCCAGGUGACACCAGGGAUGGUGAUCCAGCUGAAGGUGGAAGUGCUGGAAGUGGAGAAUUCGGCCUCGUGUCUCUACGACCGGCUGGAGAUAUACAAAGAACAAGACGGUGCCUCUUUGUGGGACGGGAGCACCUGGUACUGUGGCACCGUGGCCCCCGCCACCAUCAACACCAACUCCAGCCGGCUGCAGGUCGUUUUUGUCUCGGACAGUAACAUUGCACCGUCGGGCUUCACGGCUCGCUAUCGGGCCAUUGCGCCCAACGAAAAGAACUGUUCCUGGAAUGAGUUCCUCUGUGACCACGGGCUGUGUCUCCUUCCCGAAUACGUGUGUGACGGUUAUAACAACUGCCAGGACAAAAAGGAUGAAGCGAACUGCAGCACAAAGCCCAAAGGUUGUGGGGGGGUCCUGAGCAGCUUGGAGGGAGAGUUCUCCUCCCCCAAUUACCCUCAGCCAUACCCACAUCUUCAGCUGUGCCUCUGGCACAUCACGGUGCCCGUCGGUCACAUCAUCGAUUUACACUUCCGAAACUUCAGCCUGGAGUCGGAAGAAGAAUGCAACUACGACUUUGUGGAGGUGUAUGACAGCGCUGGGAUGGGGACAACGAGCAUGAUGGGAAGGUUCUGCAGUUCCAGGGUGCCCCCUGUGUUGACUUCCUCGCAGCAUGUCAUGACGGUCCUCUUCGUGGCGGACGAGGGAAUAGCAGACGAUGGGUUCUUUGCUACCUAUCGGGCCUACAAUGCCACGGAAAAAACAUGUGGCCCUUCGGAGUUUGCCUGCCAAAACGGGGAGUGCCAGCCACAGAAUUUGGUGUGCGACGGCUGGCACGACUGCCCGGACGGGAGCGACGAAAUGAACUGCACCAGCAUCUCCUACCCAUCUUUCCAACCCUCUUGCGAGCCCAUUGAGGUGGAGAUGUGUUUGGGGCUCAGCUACAACACCACCUCCUUUCCCAACAUCUGGCUGACAAUCCCAGAUCAGCAAGGAGCGGAAGAGAUACUCCAAGACUAUCUGAUGCUGAAGGACCUCUCGUGCUACCCUGACCUCCGCCGGCUCAUCUGCAGCCUCUUUGUCCCCAAAUGCACGCCGGACGGGGGCGUCCUCCAGCCCUGCCGCUCCAUCUGCCUGGGGGCCGAGCAGCGGUGCCAGCGGUCACUCACCCUCCUGGGCGUCCCCUGGCCUCUGAACUGUAACGUCUUGCCCGACUCCACCAACCCUUUGGAGUGCUCCAUGCCCUGAGAGGGGGGGUGCUGUUCCUUGGAGGGGCCACACCGGAGCAGCCCGAAAACCCUUCUCCUCUCUCAGCUUGGAUGGAGACCUUCUCUGCAGGCACCCCGUUCCCAAACCGGAGGAUUAUGGAGCCUCCUCAUGCUCCAAGCCAGACACAAUAAUCUGUGGCUUCUCAGCAUGUCUUUCAAGCAAGGGUGAGGAACUAGAAGCCCUGAGGCUCAAUCCGGCCCUCCUGGAGUCCCGGCUUGGCCCUCUCUGGUUGCCCAGGCAACCACAUCCUUCUUUAUGACACCACCAUGGAAGCAGAGAGGGAUCUCCAGCUUUUAAAUGGAUUUCUCCCCAUUUUAAAAAGUUGGAGCCUCCAUUUAAGACUCAGCCACUGACAAGAAGAGAUUUAAACUUAAAAAAAAA